AGCAAACCUGCGAGUCGCGUCCUCCGCUCAGUGUUGCCAGGUCCGCGGGUUUCCCGCGAAAUCGCGCUACUUUAACACUGUUGCCGCGGGUUGUUUUUCAUAUCCGCGGUUUGAAGCGACCCCAAUAACGUGAUAUGCGAAUUUUACCAGUCGGACGUGUAUUUUACGUGUGUUUUACCCCCCGGAACGCGACUGGGAUACUCUUUUGAGCAGCAACUGGGCGGGUUUUGUUGUGAAACCUGGCAACCCUCUCGCGACCUCCUCCAUUGGGAGAGCUGGAGCGCGUCUGAGGGGAGAGAAAACACAGCCUCUUUAGCCUGGAAAACCGUCGAAACGUUGGUUUAUCCCAGCUGGCGGAGCCGUAGCCUCCGAGCCAAGACGUGUACGGUACCGGCGGAGGAUAACAUGCCAGCUUCGCCGAACUUUGGGAGUGUUAAAGCUCCGCUAAACGAGCCGGCGGAGAAGCGUGAUUAGCGAGCUAACGUUAACAGACGCUAGCGGUGAAAACUUCCCGCCUGAGGGAGAAACUGCCUUUGGGAUUGAAAACCAGGAUACCUCCCCAUCGCUUCCUAGACGUGAAAUAAUCGCUUUGUUUACCGCGUGCAGUAUUCCAGCAUCGAUUCGCGCAGAAGUGAGAUCAGAUGAACCCGAGCGGGCCUGUUAACUAGAGCUCUUCUUCCAUAAACCGCUGUGGUCUGGCGCGGGAGACCGCGGGGGUACCGUGCAGCUGCCGCGGCCCGGCAUGCGGAGAGCCGGCUGAGAGAGCCUCGGGGUCAGCUGCGGAGAGCCGGCUGAGAGAGCCUCGGGGUCAGCUGCGGAGAGCCGGCUGAGAGAGCCUCGGGGUCAGCUGCGGAGAGCCGGCUGAGAGAGCCUCGGGGUCAGCGGUGGGUCGAGGCAGGAGUUCUGGAGCAGCGCUGCGAUGUCUGCCGCGAAGGAAAACACGUGCAGGAAGUUCCAGGCGAACAUUUUCAACAAAAGCAAAUGUCAGAACUGCUUCAAGCCGCGAGAGCUGCAUCUGCUGACGGACCAGGACCUCAACCAGGCCAAGCCGAUCUAUGGCGGAUGGCUGUGUUUGGCUCCAGAGGGGACGGACUUUGACAAUCCCAUGCAGAGAUCCCGGAAAUGGCAGCGACGAUUCUUCGUCCUUUAUGAACACGGCUGCUUGCGCUUCGCUCUGGAUGAAUCGGUAAGCCUUCCAUGGAGUGAACAGCUUGUGGUUUAUCCCAGAACCAACAAGCAAAAUCAAAAGAAGAAGCGCAAAGUGGAGCCAGCAACCUCACAGGAACCAGGCCCAGCGAAGGUAGCAGUGACCGGCUCGGGCAUCCCAGAAGCAGAGAAGACGCCAGACUGCAGUUCCAUCACAUGGCCAAGCAGAGAGGCGGAGGUGUCCCAGACGUGGAGCGAGAUGCCGCCUCUCGGCUCACCACUGCCCUCUGCAGGUGUGGAUGUCAUCCAGACUAGCGCUGUCGGUUUAACCGGUGAGGGCUCGAUGGUGAGCCGGUGCUCGGAUCAGAGCUCUGUGAACGGGGACGAGGUGGAUCGGAGCGGGCUCUUCUUCCACUCGGCUGUUUCCCAGCCCUCUCAUGACCCCCUGUCGCCCGCGGGCAGCUCGUCCAGCCGGCACAGCACAGAGAUGGGGGGCGUCCCGCGCUGCCUGUCCCCUGCACCCAGCGACCCCUUCCCAUCAGGCAGCAGCCUGCUGUCCAACGGUUCCCACAUCAGCGGCUCCAUGAGCUCUCUGGACUCGGAUGCCAGCGGCAGCACCUCUCUGUCCCGCCGCGGAGACGCAGAGAACCGCAAGCCUGAGAAACGGAGCCGUCUGCGCAGCCCGGAGAGACAGGAGUCUGUGUUCAGCCCGGAGAGAAGCGGGCGCUCCGAUGUGAUCGAGAAGCUGGAGGCGCUGGAGCUGGAGCACGCCGAGAGACGCGCUGGAGUCCGGCCGGGCCGCAGUGAAACCAGACGAUUCCAGCGGGAGGAUCAGAAGAUGGACCCGGCGCAGGGUUUAGACUUCCAUCCCUGCACCCUGCCGCCUCUGAGACGAGCCAAAUCACUGGACCGCAGGACCACCGAAUCCGUCAUGACCCCAGACCUGCUGAACUUCAAGAAGGGCUGGAUGGUGAAACUGGAUGAGCAAGGCCAGUGGAAGAAGUAUUGGUUUGUGCUGACAGAUCACAGUCUACGAUACUACAAGGAUUCGAUUGCUGAAGAGGCGUCUGAUCUGGAUGGAGAGAUGGACCUCAGUACCUGCUACAGUGUUACAGAAUAUCAAGCUCAGCGGAACUAUGGCUUCCAGAUUCAUACUCAAGAAGCAGUGCACACGCUCUCUGCCAUGACCGCGGGAAUACGCCGCAACUGGAUCCAAGCGGUUAUGAAAAACGUCAGGCCGUCCACUGCGCCAGAUGUUGCUAGCCUGACGGAUGAACACGCUUCCUGCGGCCCGUUUGAGAGUCUCGCCCGGCCUGACGUCACGCAGGACUCCCUGUCCUUCAAAGCCUCGGUAGAGCGGGAAGGUGGAUUGAAGAAGAGCCGAGCGAGGGAACGGAGGCGAGAAGGACGCUCCAAAACGUUUGACUGGGCCGAGUUUCGUCCCAUCGCCCAGGCUCUGGCGCAGCAGAGAGCACACGAGGCCGACACCUUCCAGGCCGAGCUAACCGAGAGAAACAAGAGGAGGGAGGAGAGGCGGAGGAGGUACGAGAGCGUCACCGGCUCAUCCUUCGAUCCUGCCACUGACAUCACAAAGAUGGACUUCGAGAGUGGGGGCGUGGUCCAGGUAGAUGCUCCGCCCCCAUCGGAGGAGCGGCUGCAGAGAGUGGAGGACGAGAUCGAGCAGCGCUGGCAGCAGGUGGAGAAGACGCCCAUCAGGGAGGAGAGGAGGGUGCCUUUGCCCUCCACACAGCACAACAGAGACGCAUCAGAGCUGGAGAACCUCCUCGAGAGCUACAGGAAAGGGGUCGAGGAGCUGAAAGCUCAGCUGGAGAGCUGUCACCAGCAGUUAAUGGACUCCAAUCAGCACAAGCUGGAGCUGGAGGGUCAGCUCAAGAACGCUCUCCAGCACGAACAGCAGAUCCGUGCCGGUUACAUUUCACCGCUGGAGUCCCCUUUGAGUCUUGAGACAGAGCCCCGGGUGAAGAGGACUGAACUGGUUAGUUCUCAAGCUCAGAGCUUAACAAAGAAGUACCAGGAAACCAAAGAGCUCCUGCAGCUGCAAGAACUGAAAAAGCGCAACAUGCAGGCACAGCUUGGCCUUUCUCUCUCACACUGCCCCGCAGAGGAACCUUACCUUUCUGACACCAAAAAACCCUCCACUCCAGAGGUCUGUCCCUCAAACUCCAUUCAGAAAACCGUCAGUUUUAUGCUUCAGGAUAGCGAGGGAAAGAUUAGAGAGCUGGAGAGCUUGAUUGAUGCCAGUGAGCCUCUGACGUUAAGAGAGCUGAUAAUGCUCAUGCACUCGCAUAGCGAAUACCUUUGGAUAGAAAGUCCUCAAGGACAGGAAAGAAGUGGGUCAGUAGGCGAAAUGACGCAGAAACUGUUGGAAAGCCUCAAGAACCAACAGGAGAUUGAGAAUGAGACCAUGAGGAGAAGCUUGGAAAAGGCUGGAGACUCUAUCCGAGACUAUGAAGCUCGUUUGGUCACCAUGGAGGGCAUGCUGGGAAGAGUCCAUAGACAGAGAAUGGAGAGUCCGUGUGCGUUAGGUUGCUCGAGAGAAGACCAUCCCAAUCUGUCUCAGCAGGUGGAGUUGCUGGCGAACGAAAACGUAGCUUUGAACCAGCGCUAUCAGGAAAUUGUGAACCAGUUGAGAGAAGCCGACCGAGAAAUAGACCGGCUGAAUGCUGAGCUUUGUCGACUGUGUAGCAGCCAGCAAUAUCCACAAGCCAACGUGAACCAGGUGCAAGAAGAGAAAAAUGUGUACGAGCGAGAACUCCACGAAAAGUCACAGAAGCUACAAGAGGCUCUUAUUAAGUUGGAGACUCUUGGUAAUAGUUUGAAAGAUUCGGAGAAAAGAUUGCAGCUUAAAGAAGCUACACUUAGGGGUCUUGGAUUUCAGGUGGCAGAAAGCCAACAUGAUGAUAAAGAGUUAGAUGUGGAGACGGACGAACUGAAACGGCAAUUAGAGGUCCUUCAAUCUAAGCUUUCCGAGAAGGAGAAGCAGCUUCAAAAUGCUGAGCAGGUCUGUAGAGAACUUCAUUCCCAGAAUGCAAAGCAUGAAGAGACAGCGAGGAUGUGUAGUCGGAUGCUUGUAGAGGCUCGGGAGGAAAUCAGGACGUUGAAGGCAGGAACUCAAGGGACGUUUGGUAGUGAACCAGGAACAGAUAGUGGGUGCCAAGAGUUGAUGCAGAAACUCACGAAUGAAAGUGUAGUUGAGGAAGUCGCGGAAGAGUUCAAGAGCAAGUCUAAGUCUCUGAAUCAUCUGCUUGACUUGUUGGUAACUGGCAGUAAGAUGGAUUUGUCCAACACUGGCAUGAACACCAAUAUUUCGGAUGAGGAUCAGGCAGGAAUGAUGAAGAAGAUGUUUGAGAGAAGGAUUCUGCAUGAGGUUUUAGCUGGUUUAGAGGACUGUCAAAAAGGCUCCGAGGCCAAAGCAGUAAGAAAAGCUGUAGAACGUAUGAUAGUGGAUAAUAAGAUGCUGCUGCUUAUGAAUAAGCUCUCCAACCUCCAAGAACUUCAGGGUGACUCAAAACCUGCAACUUGCGCUGGAGAUGGAAAUGCACAGAUGAUGAAAUCGAAUAUUAUGAAUCGGUUGCUCAGUGAUGCCAGCGAUCCCUGCGUCCUGAAGACUCUCGCUGAAGUCAUUCAGAAGAAAGUGACUUUAUUGAAUCAAACCGCUUCGGCUCUUAGGGAACGAACUCAUGAGGAGCUCCAGUCGUUGGGUUUGACUCUGUCAAGCUGUGGCUCUCAAAGAUGCUGGUCUGAGUACAUUCGUGAGGCCAUAAUGGACAUAACAUGCAUGUGCUUUGUAGUUCUGCAGAACUCGCCACGGGUGAAACCGUUAGACCUGUCUGCAUGUGCAAAUUGUGCUGAUUUGAGAGCGCAGCUCGAGUCUGAGAAGCGGGUUAAGUCGAGCGUCAGUGGAGACUUAACCCACAUUCAGAUCGAAGGAAAACUGAUCGACUCUCCGGAUGAGGCCUUACAGCUUCAGGACUUGAUGGCUAGGCAUAAGAAAGAGCUGCGCGAAUUAAAGGAGGCGUACGAGCAAGAAGUGGAGAAGCUGAGACGGGAAGUGGCCAAGGCUGGUGAGACUCUGAGACUGAGAUCCGAGGAGAACGUGAAAGAGAUCGACUCUCUGACGCUGUGCAUGGAGAACCUGAAGAAGCAGCAUGAGAUGGAGUGUAAGGACUUAAUAGCACGCUUCAGUCAAGAGAUGGAAGAGCUGACGGACGCCGUCGAGCCUGGAUCGGACUCCACUUCCCUCAAAGUACGGAUCCAGAAACUCGUGUCCCGGGUGUCCGAACUGACUGAAGAAAUGAACCGGCGAGAUCGUGAUGGGGAUGCAACAUUGCUGCGUCUGAAAUAUGAGAAAGACCUGGAAAACCUAAAGGCGACGUGUGAGCGAGGCUUCGCCGCCAUGGAAGAGUCUCACCAGAAAGUGAUCGAUGAGCUGCAGAAAAAGCACCAGCGGGAACUGGAGAAACUGCAGGAGGAGAAGGAGCGACUGCUGGCGGAGGAGACCGCAGCCACCAUCUCUGCUAUCGAAGCAAUGAAGAAUGCACAUCGGACGGAGCUUGAGCGGGAGCUGGAGAAAACGCGCAAGGCCAACAGCAACACAGAAAACGCAGACAUCGAGGAAAUCCACAAACAGCACGAGGAAGAGCUGAUGUCGUACCAGAGGGAGAUCGAGGUGUUGUCGGAGCAGUACUCGCAGAAGUGCUUAGAAAACGCUCAUCUGGCCCAAGCGCUGGAGGCCGAGAGACAGGCGCUCCGACAGUGCCAGCGGGAGAACCAGGAGCUCAAUGCACACAACCAGGAGCUGAACAACCGUCUGGCGGCUGAGAUCACGAAGAUGCGCUCGAUGGCGAGCGAGGACGGCGGGGACGCUGGCGGGGGCAUGCAGGGGAAGGAGCUGUACGAGCUGGAGGUGAUGCGGAGGGUGAAGGAGUCAGAAGUGCAGUAUCUGAAGCAGGAGAUCAACUCUUUAAAAGAUGAGCUCCAGACUGCCCACAGAGAUAAAAAAUAUGCAACGGAUAAAUACAAGGACAUCUACACGGAGCUGAGCAUCGUACGGGCCAAAGCGGAGCGCGAUCUGAGCCGCCUGCGCGAGCAGCUGCAGCAGGCCCAUGAUGCACUGGGGCAAACCGCGCUGGAGGACGUGGAGCGCGGUGGAUACGAUAUCAUGAAGUCAAAGAGCAACCCUGACAUUUUAAAGAUGGCGGCCGCCGCGGCCAAACGCUCCGAACGCACCAUGAGGUCAAAGAGUCUGAAGGAAGGUCUGACGGCGGAGCAGAGACUUCAGCUGCUCGACAGCAAGGACACGAAGGACUUCUGACACGGCCUCACUGCAUGCUAGUUAAGAGUAUUUUAGCCCAGUAAUUAAUCACUUAGAGACACACUGGUCAUAUAUUAAACAUGGUAUGAAGUUUGAGUUUUAUGUCUAUAGUCAUGCACUUCAGUUACUGUGACGUUGUUGGUUUGUUUGCAUUGUCUUAAUGUAAAUACGUUGUUUUUAAUGAAGCAUCUAUCACGCGUACACUAAACACGACUGUGUAAGCUACUGUUUUAGUUUGUGUGAGUGUUUCUCGACGCUACAGACUGCUCGCGUGUGGCGCUAGAUGAGCUGGGUUUGCACAUUCCCUCCGGCUCUUAAUUUAAAACAGCUGCAUGUAGUCGAGGCUUGCUUGACCUUCUGCGGCGUCUCCGGAUGCUCGAAGCGAAGGAGCACUUCUGAUGACCGUAAGACACACGGGAACAGGCCUGGGAGGGUCGACAGAAUACUAACAAGUUUGUAUAAGCUUGCCGUUAUAAUUAAUGGGAGCUUUGGGUUUUUUCGAGCUGAUGAAGUCUGGGGUGUCGUUCAGUGGCAGUCCUUUGUAUUUAUUUAAAUGUAAUGAAUUUUUUGUCUCACAUUUCCAUUCGUCUAUACAUUCUUGUAAAUAUACCGCAAAUGUACACGAACUGACAACAGGUUUAUUAGCAAUAAAUAUUUUUGCACCCUC